GAGUAGAAGAGCAAGUACUACGAUUUUGAUGAACUAGACCAUGUUGGGUGAUCUUAAAUAUCAAUUCGCUCUUAGACAUCGUCGUCGUGAACUCCUCAUUCAAGCAAGAUAACCCACCUAGCACACACCAAUCACCUCCAACGAUGGAUGCCGUGUCGACCUACAGCGUCGCCAGUCUAAGUUGGCUGACAAUCCAGGCCGUUCCGCUCAUCAUCUGGCCAUCCCUGAUCAGCACCCUCCUCCGCAUCGACUCUGCUUCCCAAAGUGCCCAUUACGGUGUCACCAACGCCUCUCUGGAACAGUACUUUGCCCGCUCCUUGGGGCUUGCCCAACUAGCCUUCGCCGGUCUCCUACUCAUUCAGUCCGGCACCCUCCCGCUUGAUUCAGUAGUUGAGGGCCCCGAAAUCCCUUCCUCCCCAACGCCCACCGCCUCCGCCGCCGUGUUGGUCACAGCCAUCUACCACGCGGCCGCGGCAUCUUACACUUACUCGCGUUACCACUGGACUGGCCAGUCGGCCUAUUUGCUUGGGUGUCUGGCGAGCAGCGCGCUGGCGGCGUCGGGGCUGUGGGUGCUCAUGUUCGCGGGGGAGAGCAAGAAGCGGGUGAGCCGACGGACGGGCGCGGACAAGAGCACGAGUUCAUGGCCGUUUCGGAAUGCUGUAGCUGAUCGGAAGAGGCGAUGAUGGAGUUCUAUGUUACUCAGUCUCUUGGGCGUGGGCGUGGGCGUGGGCGUUGUCGCGAUGUGGUAAGGAAGGCAUUGAGACGAUGGCUGUGAUGGUCGGAGGGAUAUGUUCCGGCUGGCGUUUGGAUCACAGACGGCACUGCUUACCGACUUGAGGGUGAAAUAUUCGUGAGCUGUCUCGAAGUUGUUAUUUUCGACUACCGGUUCAUCUCUCUGGGGCCAUGGGGAGAUAUUCAAACCGCGCCCAACUCGUACAAAAACAAAGGAAGGGAGCAACCCUUGUCGAAAAAGCCCACGUCCGGCCGUAUUCUGCCGACGCCAGUUUAUAGAAGGCGCAUCAUGUGAAUCUAUCCCUCAG